GGUGUGAUGGCAAGGCCAAUCUCUGAAUCCCAAUCUGCUAAACUGAAACCAUCUUGGUCCUCUCCUAUUCUUUCUCUCUCUAUCUCUAAUCUAAUCUCUUCACUGAAGAAAGGAAGAAUAAUAACACGAAAGAGAAACAGUUGAGAAAUUAGAUCUCAUCUUAUCUCACCUGCACCGUAGCUUUCUCUUCCCUGUCUUAAUUUCAAUCCGAACUCGCACACAAAACACAUACAUCUACGGCGCAAUUUUUAAACCAAUUAAAAAUUUACGAUGCCAUUUUAGGGUUUUGAAUGAUUCAAUGGGUCUCGGCACCGACAACGACAACAAUGACGACGGAGUCACCAACCCUUCUCCCUCCGUCUCUUGCUCUAUUUGUCUCGAGCCCGUUGCCCGCAGCGGCGAUAGAUCCUGGGCCAACCUUCAAUGCGGCCAUCAAUUUCACCUCGAUUGCAUUGGCUCAGCCUUCAAUAUAAAAGGGGCAAUGCAAUGCCCUAAUUGCCGGAAGAUUGAGAAAGGCCAGUGGCUUUAUGGUUCCCGGUCAUAUCCGGAGUUCAGCUCAGACGAUUGGACACAUGAUGAGGAUCUAUACGAUCUUAGCUACUCUGAAAUGUCCUUUGGAGUUCACUGGUGCCCUUUUGGUAACUUGACCCGACUUCCUUCUGCCUUCGAAGAAGGGGAAUUUUCAUCAACUGCAUAUCCUGAUAUACUCGGACACCAUGCUAUAUUUGCGGAACAUACAGCAGUGUCAUCUGGUAGUCAUCCUUGUCCGUAUAUAGCUUAUUUUGGACCUAUACAUCCCUCCACCUCCAACUCUGGCGGAAAUGGCUCGGAAGCAUCUAACUUCAACCACUGGAGUGGCCCUCCUAUACCUAGCGACUUGCCAACCUCCUAUGCGUUUCCAGCCUUGGAUCUCCAUUAUCCCAGUUGGGAACACCAUUCAUCUCAUUUUUCUUCUGCGAACAGCCGUCUAGGCACUGCAGAUCAGCCCUCAGUAUCGCCUGGUAGUCAAAGGCCAGGCAGGGGUAGUUUGGAGAUCCCAAGAUCGGGAUCUUUUAUGCAUCCCUUCAUUGUUGGUCACAGUUCUGGUGCUAGAGCUGGGGCAUCAGUUGCAUCUUCAAUGAUACCUCCAUAUCCAGGUAGCAAUGCCCGGGCCCGAGACAGAGUCCAGGCUCUUCAGGCAUACUAUCAACCUCCACAACCUCCUAAUUCUACCUCAAUGCGGACUCCUAAUGCCUCUGACACUAGAAGGUCCAGCAGCCAUAAUGGGUCAGCUCAAUUAGCACAAGUGGCCUCAUCACCAGACCAAAGCGGUGGCUUCUUAUUGAUUCCAUCAGGUUCAUCGGGACGCAAUUUUCCGGAAGAAGCCCAUCUGCCAAGUCGCUUCCAAGCUUGGGAAAGAGAUCACUUGCCUUCAUUAUCAUUCAAUCAUGUGGAUAGAGAAUCAAGUUGGAGAGCAUACCACCAGGCUGCCAGUGGAUCAGAGCCAAGUUUCAGGUCCAGCAGCUUUCAGUUGAGGCACGGAUCAGAAAGAAUGCCUUCACAAAAUCGAUGAUACACUUGUUUUUAUGUCCUGUUCCCUCUGAACUCUGAAGCAAUAGGCUGUUCAUGGAAAAUCCUAUUUUAUGUUUGCUUUGAGAAAUGUUAUUUAAUGCUUUGGCCUGGCUGGCAUGUUAUGUUAGACUUAUAUACUCUGGCUGGCCCUGGAAUUGAUCUUUCUGGCAGCCACGAGGCAGUGUGAUGGACAUUGCUUCUAGUUUCUUUGUUUUGGUGGGCAUCAAAUAAGAUGUUAUCUACUAGUUGGAGAGAUCAGGUUUUUGAAAGGAAUGUUGGGGAUUGUCACGUCUUAAGAUUAAGUGCAUGAGAAUUGAGAGCAGUUGUGGACUUGUGGUUGGACCUUUAGCUGGUAAACAAUGUUUGUGUUUGAUUGGCUCAUGAAAAUACUAUGUAUUGUCAAAUGUGAUUGUAAUCUGUUAAUAUCAGACGCAUGGUAUAGAUCUCGCUUGAAAACUAGUCGACACUUUCAAGGUUGAUUUG